AUGGCGAGCAACGUGGCUGUUAACGGGACGGUGGUGGUACUCGUUACAAACAUCGGCUACGCGGACUUUCUGCUCAACUGGGCCGUGUACGCGGACGAGCUGGGGUACGGGCGGCGCUUCCUCGUGUUCGCGGAAGACAGCGAGAGCUUCCAGCUGCUGUCAACGAGGUUUCCGAGACAGGUGCUACGGUGGCACGUUCCCGAGAUUGAGCAGGCAGGCGCUGCGGAAUUGAGAGCCGCGGGAAUAGGCGAUGGGGAAGGGGAGGACGCGCACCAGGGGGAGGGAGAAGACCCUUUGCCCUUCGUCCACGCUAUCCCUUCCCCGCAAGCCAUCCAUGACAGCCGAAGCGACGGAGACGCGUUCCCCGUGAGAGGAUACGACGUAGUGGGCGUGAGAGAGCUGCCGGAUUCCGUCAAUUUCAACGCCACGGGCACGUAUCCCAUGGCGCGAGCGUCUGCGAAUGUGCUGACCGCGAAGCUGUGCGGCGGGUUUGUGUUCCUCAGAAGCUCCCCGGGCGGGCACCUGGUCCUCGAUGCCUGGUCGCUGAAAAUCGCUCGCGCGCGGCGAAUCCGCGGCAACGAAAACGACCAGUUUUACCUCGGCGCGGCUAUAAGCGAUGUGAUAAAAACCAGUCCGGCGCCGCUGGUGGGAGUGCUGCCGCAGAAGCUUUUCCCUCCCGGGUGGUUGUUUUUCAGAGGGGAUAGUAACAUGCCGCCUGGGACUCGGGAGGAGCCGUGGUGGCGAUUGGAGGACGAGGAGAAGGCGAGAGUGGUGACUGUGCAUAACAACUGGCUGAUGGGGAAGAGUAAGAAGCUGGCACGGUUCAAGAAUAAUCAGCUGUGGAAACUCGAGGAGGUGUAA